AUGCAGCAGCGGGUGAGCAUGUCCGGCCGUGUGUUCCCGUUUCGUCCCUUCACUGUAAGGGGCGACAUCCCUGCGCCGAUUGUUGCCGAUCCCGGGGCCGAUGCCGGUUCUAAGGAGCUCCGAGCUGCAGCGAGCCGCAACGAUGCCGACGACGAGGUUACUGGGGGCUACCCCAAGUUAUCCAAGUCGAGAAGCAUACUCCUCACUGCCGUGAUAUCCACCACCGGUCUACUCACUGGUAUGAGUGGCGCCGCCCUAAUCCCAUCGGACAUCGAAAUCAUCGCGUCGACCUUCCCCCGUGGCAAGGCCCGCAACAACGCGUAUGUUUGCAUCUCGGCCGUCGCCUCCGUUGGGUCUGUCCUGGGAAACAUCUUUGGUGGUGUGAUUGGCGGCCUGCUAUCAUGGCAGUGGGUGUUCUGGAUUCCUGCGAUGCUGGCUGGGGUCACUACUGCGAUCGCCUACUUCAUCACCGACACGCCCCAUCUUCGGUCCUCUCCUUCCGCCAGCACAUCAGCGGAAAACGGUGGCGAGGAAACCCGUACCAGGUCUGUUGAUUGGACUGGAGGCGCUCUUGUGUCAUGCAGCCUGGUGCUACUGCUUGCGGCCUUCACCCAGGCCAACGUGAUCGGCUGGUCGACACCCUGCAUCCCGCCGCUCAUCGCUGCAUCUGUUGUGCUGCUGGUUGGGUUCUGUUUCUGGCAGCGCCGCCUCGAGAAAGACCCGGCGAGGGAACCGUUGCUGCGGAUUUCCAUGUUCAAGAACCUUCAGUUCUCGGCACUCUAUCAGGACUACCUCGCUCUCAGCGAACUCGACACUACUCUGCGUUUCCUGCCUGCCGGUAUCGCUGGCCUCCUCAUUUCUUUUGUCGUCUCUCCGGCUCUCUCCCGCAUCCGUGCCUUUGACAUCCUCGUCUUCGGCCUGGACUGCGGCAUCGCAUCCCCGUUCAUCAUGGCUAUCCCCGCGAUCCCGCCCCAGACUUUAUACUGGGCCUACGGCUUCCCCGCCAUGUGUCUAUGCUUGAGUAUCGAGAUCGUUUGGCUCGUAAUCAACCUGCUCAUAGCUGACAGUCUCCCUUCCACCGACCAGUGUUUGGGUAGUGGGCUAUUGCAGAGCUCCAACAACGUUGGUCGCGCGUUAGGGCACGCGAUUGCGACCGCGAUCCAGACGAGCGCUCAGGGGCCCGAGAUGGCCGUCGGUGGCUUUGUGGGCUCGCCGGGCUUUCUGUACGGUGUGCGAGCGGCGCAGUGGACGAAUGUCGGGUUUGCAAUUGCGGCAAUGGGGAUUGCUGUUGCUUUCUUCCGGGACCUUGGCCGUGUCUAA